AUGCUGUUCGAGGCGAUGCGCUUUGCCUUGGAGUCUCAGCGGGCCCGUAAGGGCUUCAGCGCUCGUUUCGUUGCUGCAGACGGUGAAGGGGUGCAGGUGCAAGUUGAUGCGCAGCUACGGGAGGAGGGGGAAGACUUUCACAUUUUCGAUACUUCGGAACUACUUGCAGGGUACCUCGAAGCGGCCGUUAACGGAUCAAUUGGUGAAGCUCACGAGCUUGGCAAAGGCCGCAUUGACUUCUCUGUCCGAGGUGAGGGAAGCGGUGACGCUCUAGGAAAACGACCGCCUCCGACAGCACGAGUGUAA